CAGCAACCCAUGAAAAUUCUACCUUUCACUUUGUCAAGGCCAAAUGUAUUGUACAACUUUUUAGCUUCGCACCUCAAAUUUUAGUACGGUAGUAAAUAAGUGUAAACUGUUAUGGAACCAUAUCCAAACGGGUUUUUAAGUUUCACGAUUGAAAAUCAUCUUGCAUCCCAGGACGUCCCAAUGGAGGACGGACUGCGCCAGGGCGCGGAGUGCUGGAAUGCAUUAAGUUCGCGAGAAAAGCGCCAUUGUCGAUCGAAAUACCAGAACCGAUACCUCACCAAAAGCUCCACUACGCGUCAUCGACGUCAUACGGAGGAACUCAAAUGUGCAGGGAGGUGCCGUAGGACCAUAGUUCCGAAAUGUUCCCGGAAGCCGCCGUCCUGCAAAGCAAGAAGACCCAUGAGGUGUCCCCGGAAAUGCAGCUCCAUGCGAUCGGCGCGCAAAUGCAUGCUGAUAAAGUCACCAGAAGGCUACUAUUAUGCCUUAAGUACAACAUGA